AGUGUCCUUCUUCAGAACACAGAUCAGUGGAGAUCUUCAUCAUGAAUACAGAUAGCGGAGGACAUGCUCAUAAAAGAGCAUCCCUGUCGCUCACUCUCUGGCCUGUGAAGAGGGUCCAGAGCUCACCCAACCUGUACACUGCUGCAGGUAGUGAUUCCCAGUCAUCAGAUUCAGAUGCCUGGCGUUCACGCAGUGUGUCUGAGGGGUUAAGGAAUGGAGAUGCCAGCAGCGCGUCCUUGACUGCUAAAGGCUUCCGCAGCGUUAAACCCAACCUACAGGAUAAGAAAUCUCCCACACCGGUCCCCUUGCCGCCCCCUCGGAGAGAGAGCUAUCACAUGACCCCUAACCCCCCAUCUUACAGUUCCCUUGCAAUGCUGUCAAACACCUCCCUCUCUUCCCCACAGAGUAAUGAUGUCAUUUCCUCAGGCUCUUACAACAUCCAAUCUAGUGCCACCUCCUCAUACUCAUACUCUAAGACCACCCGAACCUCCACUAGCACCUCUGGAGCCCCCCUUGAGGAGCCCCCCUUGUCCCAACAGGCUAAUGCUAACAGUUUUAUCACUCGUGUUCUGGGGAACAAAUUGUCAUCUUCAAAAUUCUCAAGUGACCAACUAAAUGCAGCACCUAACAAGAUGAACAUGAUUAAAACUGACCCAAAGUCUAAAACUAAGCCAAAAAGUACAUCUGCUUCCCCACCUCAAGACCCCACUGCUACUUCUGAAACACACGUAGCUUCUCUCUCCAUCCAGUUAGCUCCUCGCAGUCCAGAAGCUCAAGCAGAGACCCAGUCAGGGCUUGAGACUAAAUCCAGGACAAACGCAGUGGACCCCGCUGACCCCAUGCGAGCCCCUGUUGUACCACCAAGACCAGCAAGCAGUUUGGUGCGUGAGUUUUCCCCUGUAAGAGGGAGCACCAGGCCGCUCUCUUCUGGACCGCCCUCCCCGGACCCUUCAGCUCGCCGGUCACCGUAUAGCCGGGCCAGUCAGGAUUCCCCUGACUUCCUGUCAGGGCUAUUGCCCAAAGCCCUGUCGCCAACACCCUAUGCCCCUCUGGAACGUUCCGGGCUAAUGUCGGCCUCACCUGCCCCGUCACCAGUAACCGUGUCAGCGCUGAGUCAUUAUUCAUCAUCCACAGCUGGGCUGGAGGAGCUGCAGAUCUGCAGCAUGGACUCCUCCCCCGCAGGCACACCCACCCCAUCCCCCACACUCAGCCACGCCUCCAACGCCCCUGACGAGAUUCCUGCCGCCCCGUCAGCUGCCACGGGCACUAACGGUCAGAUGGCAGUGAACGGAAGCUCUCAAUCUCAGAGGCCCUUCUCUCCGCCUGUGUACCCACCUCCACCCCCAACCCUCAGCCCAGGCCUGGUAAAGAUCCAGCAGGGUCGUAGUUCAGAGGGUUCAGAGACGGUGAAGAGAGAGACCGUUGUCUCUGGUCAGACAGUGGUCAGUAGCUCUGUGCCCAUCGCUCGUUUCUCAGAGGAAGAGAAGAAGGUGUCCAUCAUAAAAGCACCCCAUUACGAAGGCAUUGGACCAGUGGAUGAGUCAGGCAUUCCCAUCGCCAUCCGAACGACUGUGGACAGACCCAAGGACUGGUACAAGACCAUGUUCAAACAGAUCCACAUGGUUCAUAAAGCAGAUGAUGACUAUGCAGACACAUAUAAUGCAACAUACGCUGUCAUAAACAAUGAAAAUUACCCUCCUGUCCAUGCCCACCCGCCCCCUCGAACGCACACUUACCGGCCUCUCUCUAGAAAUACCUCAGACACGCCAGACGGUGCCGCCCACCGGGAGCUCUCGCCAUCUCCCGUGCCCCCUCCACCCCCUCCGAUGCCCUCUCUCCUCCAGCUCCGCUCACGAGACAUGGACAGAGAGAAAGAGUUCUCGCAUGACCAAAAUGAGUGGGAUCCUCCAGAUCGAAAAGUGGACACACGUAAAUACCGAGCGGAACCACGGAGCAUCUUUGAAUAUGAGCCUGGCAAAUCCUCCAUCCUUGAGCAAGAAAGGCCUAUGUUUGAUUUAAACCCAGAUGACAUAGAUUUAGAGAAUGAGCCUUGGUUUAAAUUCUUUUCCGAGUUGGAGUUUGGACGGCCGCCUCCUAAAAAGAGGUUGGAUUAUAAUCCUGACUACUCCACACAUGCUGUGGCACAGUCAUCCCUCUAUCUCUCGCCUUCCGAACGACGUGACGGGACUUCAAGUUCUGCAAGUGACUACAGGAAAAGGCGAAAGUCGGAACCAUCUGUCACUCAAGCCAACACAGGAAGUGAGCAGAAUGCCAGUCAAGUAUUUUCCCGCCCACUGGACUCCAAUAAAGCACAGACACUGAAGAAGCCCACCAUACGUUCCUCGCCUUCCUCACCAUCCAGACCCAAAGCUGGAGACGCUAGUGAGUCACUCUCCUCCUGUAUGAGCUCUCCAGGUAUGGAGCGCCUUUCCUCUCGUCUCUCCUCAGACUCCCUCACUAUCUCCACACCAACCUGGCGUGGCUCCAAGCGCUCCAUCUGCUUCAAGAACGGUUGGCAGACAGGCCGACACGAAGCUGCGGAGACUUGGAGUAGCGUUGACGAUGAAUCUGUCAUCACUCCUUCAUCACCACGGCUCAAAUCACGCAGCUGUGAUGAUUUGUUGUCUGACGGACAUGGUGCUAAUAAUGACGGGAGAGCGUCUGCUUCUAUGACUACCACUCGCUCUGAAAGUGCAGGUUCAUUGCUUGAUGAAGACGCUCCACAGAAGCCUCAAGUAAAAAGUCUUACCUCAUCUCCCAGGGGGCGCCGACAUCACCGGCGUAAGAUGCCACACGAUGCUCCGGGUUUCCUUCAGCUCUACAAGAAAAUGCACCACAUAGACCGAGAGCAGCUAUUGCCCUCAGAGAUGAUUCGUUCUGUACGUGCACGAAUCCUUGAGCUGGAACGGCUACAACAACAACAGAGGCACAACAUCCAUGGUUGGUCACCUUUCGGUAAUGAGGUACCACGACACAUGGUCCCAAACCGUAUAUCGGAAUAUGAACAGCUCAUCCAGAAAUCCAAGUCCAUGCCAGACCUUGGUGACGAAAAUGCCCCAUCAGGCACCACCACACCAGGGUCCUCGAGGGCCAGCAGCUGUCCCAAACGACGCUUUUCUGUGGAAUCACUUUUGGAGGAGGAAGAUCCUCCAGAAAGGGCUCGAAGUCCCCCUGAGGGACAGCCAAGACUGGGACCAGACAGCAGUAGCCUGGUGCCAAUUCAUGGGAAGAACCAGAGGCAGCAUCAAGACUACUCAGACAGUGAGCAGGACGCCUGUGCCUCCGAAAUGAGUGACAUCCACAUAGAAGGGUCUUCACCGUGUAGCGAGAGCGACCUGGAUCAUUGCUCACUUACCUCAUCGGAAAGCUUCUUUGGUUCUGGGCGACAUCACCAUCAUGGUCACCAUCAUCAUGGACACCGUUACCACCGCCACCAUCACCUACACCAGAGUGUGGGUCAGAGUCAAGGUUACCAACACCGCCACCUCAUCAGCUCCUGUAAGGGUCGCUGCCCGGCAUCCUAUACACGAUUCACCACCAUGCUAAAACACGAGCGACAACAGGAAAGGGCUCGGCAGGAGUCCCACCCUGCCGCUACAUCUCCACUAGCACAACAGUCACCCAGUGAGUCAGGCCUUUCCAAACUGGCCUUCCUGGUCAGCCCUGUGCCUUUCCGCCGGAAACGAGGCUCCCCGCCAACCCAACGGCGACACUGCAGAAGCGGUCGGCCGAAAUCCAAAACCGCAAUUUAUGAGGCUUUAGAUGCCGCUUUGCAGGACAUUUAUGACCACAUAAGGGCGGAAAGGGGGCAGGGACCAGCAAGGAUGCCAGAUGAUAGCAUAUUGCGGCGGUUAUUGGAGGAGUUGCUACCAGACGUGCCCAAGCGUAGCUCCUCCUUGCGGGCUCAGAGAGGGUCCGGCUCCCCCUCCUUGCUCCAUGUCCACCAGCCUUACCAUGGAGCCCACCAAUGUGCCUCCUACCAGCAGCAACACGACCAUACAGACGCCUCCAACAACAACCAGCAUAAUGCUAAUGCUAAUGUGCACUGCUACUCAGAUCAGGGCUCUGAUACAGGACGUCUCACACCACAAAUCAGAAGACCCACGCCAGAAAGAGAGGUAUCCUCUAAGCAGAUUACCUAUCUUAUAUUGUCUUCUCUCCUCCAUCAGAAACAGUCUGCCAGGGCUAUUUAUGAUUUUAAAGCUCAGUCUGCCAAGGAAAUUUCCUUUAAGAAAGGUGAUGCUGUCAACAUCAUCAGACAGAUUGACAGUAACUGGUAUGAGGGGGAACACAGAGGACGGAUUGGGAUUUUCCCCAUCUCUUAUGUCGAGAAGGUGGCGUCUCCAGAGCGGAGGCAGCCUGUCAGGCCUCCUCCUCCGGCUCAAGUUCGAGAGAUGGGAGAGGCAAUAGCACGAUACAACUUCAGUGCUGACACUAACGUGGAGCUUUCUCUUAGAAAGGGGGAGCGAGUGAUCCUUCUAAGGAAGGUGGAUCAGAAUUGGUAUGAAGGAAAGAUUCCUGGUUCAAACAAGCAGGGCAUUUUCCCAGUGUCCUAUGUCGAUGGGAUCAAGGGCUCUCCUUCCAAGAGCCCCAGUCACCAAGGAGACACGCACACAUACAGGGCACAUAAGAAAAUGAUGCAGGAUUCUCAGCAUUCAGGUGGUGACCCCUUCCAAGCUGUGUACAACUAUGUGUCUCGUAAUGGGGAUGAGCUGGAGCUGAAGGAGGGGGACGUUAUUGAUGUUAUCGAGAAAUGUGAUGAUGGCUGGUUUGUGGGUACCUCUCGGAGAACCAAGUUAUUUGGAACGUUCCCAGGAAACUAUGUUAAACCGCUUUAACAAAAAGGAAAAAAUGGCACAAAUACGGCCACUCCAGUGCCUACUGUGUAGGGCCAACAAGGCACUUCACCUUUGAGAAAGUGUGUGUGUCCAUAUGUGUGAGUGUGUUCACAACCACAACCGUUUUAGCUCUGUCAUGUCCACACAGACAAACCACUGAAGUUUAUUUCACUUUGAGCUCUUUGUUUUUGUGCCAUCACAGAGUCUCCUUGCUGUUCCUUCAUCUGCUAUUCUGACAACAGCACAUUCAUUAAUGUUUUUCCUGUUAUAUUGACAUUUUGUCAUUUUCCAGGAUGCACUAGCUCAGUGUUAGUAUGGUGAGGAUUCAGGCAGUAGAUCAGUAUAAAUGAUAGACACAUGGAAACCUCAGGCAUCAGUGUUCAACUGAGUGUGUGUAUGUGUGUGUGAGUAUUGUGUAUUAAAUAGUACAAAGUUAAUAGCAAUAGAGACCACUGGUUAUAGAUGAGGCUGGAUAGUUUUAUUAAAAUGAGCUAAAGGUGAAAUCAUGGACAGUUAUGAAAUUGCUCAUUCCCCUUGUGUGUGGCCAAAAUAAAUAAGUGAUAAGAACAGAUGUAUUUAAAAAAAAAAAUGUAUAGGUAACAAUACUUUUGCCAUACAGAAUUACAAAAUAACUGUCAUGGAGCAAUUUUGCUAUUGUUGAAGUGGCAACCAUUCAUAUAGGAUAAUGUUUGUAUAAUAAUCAGUGCAUUGUGGGUAUUUGUAUAAGUUGUCUAUAAAAGAAAGUGCAUUGACAUUCUGGAAAGUAAAGAUGCUUUUAUGGAAUUUGGUAACAAAUAUUUGAUUAGUGAACUUUUUUCGAAUGUUUACUUGCGAAUUUUAUGAACGGAUUUUAGAAUUUUAGAAUUGUAAAGCAGGUGUCAUUGAACCACCUGACGUUAAUACAGUAAAAAAAAAAAACACAUGUAAAUCAAGAUUAAAUCAUUGCUUGUUUUAGUAAUGAAUUGCAACAAUGUUACAACAACAAGGUGAGCCUGCUAUGAUGUUUCAAUUUUUUAUUUGUUAACCUAAAUUAACUAAUUUAUCUAAAACGUUAUAAUUUCGAUUUUUUUUGUUUGUUUGUUUUGAAAGUUUGAUCUCUGAUAUAAAACUUAAAUGAUGUCAUUUAUCUGCCACGUUUCUCAUGAGAUUCACUCUUUUAAAAUUGCAUCAUAUAACGCAACAGAGAGAGCUGUUGGUCUUUGAUGAAUGUUUGUAUGCUUGUCUGACGUUCAAAAUGUUAUGUUUAGUUUUUCGAAGGAUUUGUAUAUCAGUAUUUUCUGCACUAAGUGUAUCACUUGUUGUGUUCUCAUCUGAAAGCAUAACGCUUGUGUUGCAACGGCUUUUACAAGUAUGUAUAUUCAGUAUAAGGAAAAGUGUGUCUACGAAUUUCACAGACAGCAGAGCAAUCUUAAAGCACCUUAAACAUUUAUUAGUUCUAUUUUUUUUUUUCUUUAAAGUUGAAGUGUGUAAGAAUAUGAGUAAUAAAAUAGUGUCUCCUUUCGUAGCUUAAUAUGCAGGGACAACUAAGUAAACCAUUCAUAGAUUGAACAAUUUAUAGCUUUGUUAAUUUGAUUAACAAUCAGUGGUUUGAGUUCGGGGCGGGGCUUUCUGUUUGCCUGACCAAUGGCAGAUGGGAAGUGUUUUGGAAACCUGUUUGAAAACAAUUGCAAUAAUGUUUGAUGACAUCGAAAUUACACACUUCCACUUUAAAUGUUUUAAUCACACUUUGCAUUUUCCAGCUUCACGGCUGUGUUUGCUGAUUCUUAAUAUGUCCUUUUGUACACGAGUUUCACUUACAUUAUAAAGCCCUUCCUUUCUCACUUUUGGACUGUUUUAGUCCUUAAUAUUGCAUCCCAUGUGCCAAAUUUAUUCUUCAACUUCUUUGGUGCAAAAAAGAAAGAAAAUGUAUGCAAAAAAUAGGCAAAGAGCAUUUUUGGGGACUAAUAAAGGACUUUCUUCAGCACAGGAUGGAGACUGGUGCACAUUCUAGUCAAAUUGGAGUUGGGAGAUUUUUGUCACUGUUUGCAAACUACUGUCCUCUACUAAAGACUGUGGAUUUUUUGGAAGAUAUUUUUGCCUUUUUCCGUAUAGCCUUUUGACUGAACAACAUAUAGUGUUAUUUAAUGUGUGUUCUUGAUGAGCUGGUGAGCUUGAGAGGAUCGAGUUUAACUGCUCACUUUCAAAUAAAGAAAUUUCUCUCUCUCCCUUUCUUUCUUUCUUUCUCUUUCUUUCUUUCUUUCUCUAUCUCUCUCCCUCUGUCUCUGGUCUUUUGUUUUGUUCUAUAUCCAAUAAAUUUCUGCUCAGUUAUUUGAGCCUCUCUGUUUAUCGUUGCCUCUGUUUCUGAUAUCUAAACACUGUGGGAUUGUAAUUUUUAUAUUCAUUUCAAGUAUUUUGCAACCUUUUUAGUUUUGUCUUUGCACCAUAAAAAAAAA